AUGUACGGCAACUCCAAGUACCGCUACAACCACGCCCAGGAGGGCAAGAAGAUCGCCACCCGUGACCAAAUGAAGUACGUGAACCCUGCCGGCAAAGUCACGAAGCCCGCGAAGCCACUGAAGCCGGUCCAGGUCCAACCCGCGAAACCCGUCAAGGUCAAGAAGACGCUCCAGCAGAAGAUCGCCGAGAUGUCGGCAAGUCUCUCCGAGAUGCAGACCACCGAGAAAGUCCAGUCCGAGCUGCUCGCCAGGUGCCUCAAGAGCGAGGCGGCCGCGGAGGCGCUGCUGAAGAAGGCCGUCAAGCCGGAGGACAAGCUGAAGGCGACCAACAUGUGCAAGAUGCUCAAGACGAAGAUUGUCGCUGUUGAGAAGAAGCUAACCAACAACCGCUGCGACAUGGCGAUGGUGACCGACCGGCUGGAGGAGUACCAGCGUCAGGAAGCCUGCGGCUCUUCGGCUUCUUCCGAAUCUGGCGAAUCGGUCGACAAGUACGCGCAUCUUCCGGACGUCGAUGAGUGGCUCGCCAAGUGCACAACCCUGAAGGGCCUGAGCGAC